GCGACGCGGAAGUACGCUGCACUUUUGAGUUCUGCAAUCAUGUGGAUCUGGAUUAUAAUUUGUCCCGCUUUGGUCUUUAUCUUUUUGAAAUACGUUUUUUUCAGUUCUGGGCCCAAUCCCUUUCAGACGGACAGCCGGGAGCCGUUGAAAAAGAAGGUCUUUGACAAGAAAGAGAAAAAUAAAGUAUUGAAGCAAGGUUUUGUUGCCAGUAAAGUUCCUGAUAACCUGGAUGCCAUUGUGAUUGGCAGCGGGAUCGGUGGACUUGGAGUUGCUGUGUUGCUGGCUAAAACUGGGAAGAAAGUCCUGGUUCUAGAGCAGCAUGGUCGGGCAGGGGGAUGCUGCCACACCUUCAGCGAAGAAGGCUUUGAGUUUGAUGUCGGAAUCCACUACGUGGGCGACUUGCUGGAUCACAAGCCUUUCCGCUGCAUGCUGGACCAGAUGACCAACGGGCAGCUAGAGUGGGAGCCUCUUGACAAUCCUUUUGACCAUGUAGUGCUGGGACCUCGAGAUAACCGCCGUGUGUACCCCAUCUACAGUGGCAGGACCCGCUACGCAGAGGAGCUGAAUAAAUGCUUCCCUGGAGAGGAGGAGGCCAUUGACAAGUACAUUAGCCUGGUCAAGAAAGCUCACCGGGGUAUUUGGCUCCUCGCUGUGCUGAAGAUGUGGCCUGUCUUUUUGGCAAAGUUCCUGGUCUACACUGGCCUUGCCACUCGUCUGUCUUUCUUCUUUAAAAUUGCCUCCAGGAGCCUGACAGAUGUGGUCAGUGAACUGACAGAGAACAAGGACCUCAGGGCUGUCUUCUCCUACAUGUUUGGCACCUACGGUAACAUCCCGAAAGACGCAAGUUUUGCGACACACAGUUUGCUGGUUUCUCACUACCUAAAUGGUGCCUGGUACCCAAAAGGCGGGGCCAGUGAAAUCGCCUAUCACAUGAUCCCCGUCAUUGAAAAAGCAGGGGGCGCUGUUCUAGUUCGUGCUCCGGUCCACCGUAUCUUGUUCAAUGAGAACAAGGAAGCUACUGGUGUGAGUGUGAUGAAAGGUCAGGAGGAAAUACACAUCCAUGCUUCUAUAAUUAUCUCUGAUGCUGGAAUCUUCAAUACCUAUCAGAAGCUGCUGCCAAAAGAACUCCAGACCAUACCAGAAAUCCAGAAGCAGCUCAGUAUGAUGAAACAUGGUAAAGGUGGCUUCAGUGCCUUUGUGGGUUUGAAUGGAACCAAGGAGGAACUGGGCCUGAAAGCAGACAACUACUGGAUCUUUACUGAGAAUAAUUUUGAUGAAAUCACAGACAAAUAUAUGAAUGGAAAGAGGGAGGAGUCAGCUGAAAACGUGCCCCUCCUGUUCUUAGCCUCCCCGUCAGCUAAAGACCCGACCUGGGAGCAAAGGAAACCAGGCAAGUCCACCCUGAGUCUGGUUAGUAUUGCAAACUACAGCUGGUUUGAGGAGUGGAAGGACGCAAAAGUGACAAACAGAGGGCCUGAAUACAAGCAGCUAAAACAGACGUUCUUAGACUGUAUUCAGGACGUGGUUCUGGAUAUUUUCCCCAAGAUUACCAGAGACAAGAUUGAAUACAUUGAUGCUGGAACCCCGAUCACAAACACCUACUACAUUGGAGCCCCCAAAGGUGAAAUGUAUGGAGCGGAUCACGGGAUUGCACGGUUCAGCCCUGAACUCAGCGCUAUGGUGAGGCCGCAAACGCCACUGAGGAACCUCUAUCUGACAGGUCAGGAUGUGUUCCUGUGCGGCUUUGCUGGCGCGCUCGCUGGUGCUGUCACCUGCGGCUCCGUCAUUCUCAACCGCAACCUCCAUCUGGAUGCCAUCACCUUGGCAAAGAACACCAGAUUUCUGAAAGACAAAUUGAAAGGGGAGUAGCUGUCAAACCG